AUAACAAGGCGUUUUUGUACAACAUGAGCUUUCCCAUGAAGACAAGAGUAGCAACUAGCAAGAGUUCCUCCCAGUUCAGAGAGUGGUGGGCAAAACGAGUAGGUAGCCGCUUUAAAGAUGGGUUGGUGUCGGCUAGGCGAUCGGCUUUUGCAGGAAAUCCAUGGGCACAAGAGAAGCCGAAAGCUGUAAGGCGUGGUAAAAUAACAAGCAAAGUUGCUAGAGCAAUCCCAACUAUAAGCGGCCAAGAGUCUUUGAAGAAGUGUGCUAAAGGGAGCACAAAGAGAAAGGCCAUCCAUAGUGCGGCCACUGAGGCGGCCAAAGAUGGUGCCACCAUGUCUUCAACGUCUCAAUCUCUUCCAGUGAAACAACCGGCAAAACAAGACGAGCAAUCCUCUGAGAGCGAAGAACAAUUGUGCGUGGCCAAACGAAGUUGCCUAGAGACAUUCAAGAAGGCCAACAUCCAAAAUGCCAUUCCUAGUGAAACAGAGGAAUCCGUGGAACUAACCAUUGAUAAAGAUGGCCAACCAAGUAGUGACGAACCUGUGGGGGAGAUAAUUUCUCUUGAAAGAAUGGCUGAAAGCGACGUUGGGGCAAUGAAUAUAGAAGAGACACUUGUGCUCACCCAAACUUCAACGCAAGCCAGUAUUCCCUCCUCGUCGCUUAGUGAGCAACACAUGGUGUUGGCUAAUGAACUAGAAGGUGAUCAAGGGUUUGAAGCCGAACUUCAGGCUUUCAUGAGGGCAUUUUCGGCCGAUGCUCUAAUCCAACCAAAAUGCUGCUCGGCCAUUUCGCAGUUACCAACCCCGCAAUUGACAUCAAGGGAGGAAGUUGAUGGGGCUCUGAAGGUGGUAAAGGAAAUGUUAGCGCAGCCAUUAAAAGAAUUUGUGGAAACAGGCCAACUAUCAAAAGUGAAAGUGGCCAUGGAUUUGUUACUUGGAGCCAAAUACUUUGCCCCUCCCAAGGUAGCUCUCAUUGGUGAGAAGCUAGAAGUGUUGACCCAACAAAUAUUCCAUGUAGCUGGUUCAUACCAAGAAAUAGAAAAAAGGAGACAACAAAUCUUGGCUUGUGAGCAAAUGAAGAAAGCCUUGGUUCCCGAGUUUGGGUGGUGUAUGGAACAAAAACGGGUUGUGGAGUCUCUUGAAGGCAAGAUAAAUGAAUUGGAAAGACAAUUGGCGUCCUUGAAACAAGAGAGACAAGAAGUGGGGGAAAAGCUUCUUCAAAGGAGUAGGCAGUGUUUCCAAAGCCAAGGACAACUGAAGAAAAUAGAGGCCGAAUUGAAAAAUUCCGAGCCUAGGUGUAUGCAACUUGAGAGUGACCUUCAGGAUACUAGUUGUACCUUGGGAGCUCUUAAAGCUUUAUUAGCCGAGUAAUGAUGAUUGAUGUAUGUGGCUCUUUUGUCGGCCGUUGGCCGGUUUUUUGUAAACAUUUGAAAGUUAUGGGCCGAUGAAAAACUUAAUUAAUUAUUUGCUUGCCGGUAGAUUAUCAUAAACAUCGUUGGGUCAUGGAUAGAUAAUAUCUUGUAGUAGUAAAUACAAGUGAAGUAUAAUGGUCAAGCAAA